GAGAGGCGUCAGUUGGCUCUCCGACACUAACAGAACCACAGUCAUUAUGAUCUGAUAUCAGAUCGCAGCAACUUACAUCUGCAAAACUCUGUCAUAUGAAGUCUGAUAUGUCAUGUAAAGGUUUGGAGUAAUUGUUUUAUUUUGAGGAAGAUAAAAUGAUUUGCUUUCUUCUCUUCUGUUGUCUGGCAGGUUGUUGUCUGGGUCUUGAGGUCCGUCAGUCCACCUCUGAUCUCAUCAAGCAACCUGGUGACAAAGUGCAGAUUUUCUGCAGCCAUGAUAAAACUGACUACAGGACGAUGCUCUGGUACCAGCGGUCACCUGGAGACACAGCUAUGAAACUCAUCGGAUAUUUGUACUUUAAAGAUGUCAAAAUGGAAGAGAAAUAUGAAGUUGAUUUUAAUAUCACUGGAGAUUUAGGGGGGAAUACAGCCAAGAAUGGCUCUCUUAUAGUCAAACGUGUAGGACCAAAUCACAGUGCAGUGUACUACUGUGCAGCUCGAGAAGCACACUGACAGAAAUCACCUCUGAACUUUACAAAAACUCUUCACCAUCUUUUAUCAUGGUUUCAAAUAAUACGUGGAAUAUACUCCUCACAGACACCUGCUUUUGUGGUUGCAUUUUGGUUUGAUUCAGUUGUGUCAUUAUUAGCUAAUACAAGCUGGUUUCUAUUCUAUUGGUUUACUCUUAUUUAAACUAGACAAGACUAAAACAUAAUGAAAAAGCAAAAAGGAAGAGCCUCGAUAAUUAUCAGUUUUAUAUGCAACUACAUGAAGCCACUCCUCCUUUCUACAUCAUGAUGGCUUCCUUCUUAAAUGUGACUGAGUUUAGGGAGAAAGCACAAACAACAGAGACCCUGUCGUCACUUAACCAAUACUACAUUUCAUCCAUGAUUUAACUCAGUGCUCCAUGUCAGAUCUUCAAAUGAUGAUUAGAUUUCUGUUCUGCUAUUUCCUCACAGCAGGUAUUUCACUGGGGGUUCAGAUCCAUCAGUCUCCCUCUGCUGUCAUCGGAAAGGCCGGUGGUAAUGUUCAACUUUCCUGCACACAUGGACAAAGUAACUACAGAGUGAUGCUGUGGUACCAACACACACCUGGAGACAGAGCACUGAAACUUAUUGGACAUGGAUAUGCACAGUUCAGUAAUAACAGCGUGGAAGAGCCAUUUAGAAAACACUUCAAAUUAGCUGGAGAUCUGAGUGGAGACAACAAAAAUGGUUCACUUUCCAUAAUCAAUCUGAAAGCACUUGAACACAGCGCAGUGUACUUCUGUGCUGCAAGAGAGGCACACAGAGACUCAGGCUGGUUCUUCACAUUCAACAUGAUGCCAUCUCAACUCAUCGUUUCCAUCAUCACUUUGUUCUGGGUUAGAGGAGUUUACCUCAGUAAAGAAAAACAAGUAUUUCAGACUCCAACUGAGCUGUUGGUGAAACCAAAAGAUGGAGUCAACUUGAGCCUCACACAUAAAAUCCCGAGCUAUGACACUGUUCUCUGGUAUCAGCGCUCACCAGGAAACACUUCCCUAAAGCUCAUCGGCUACAUGUAUUUUAAAACUCCUAAGGUUGAGUCAGAAUUUCAAAUUCACUUCAAUGUGAGUGGAGACGGAGAGAAAACAGCUUAUCUUCACAUCCUGAACCCGAGACACCCUGAAGAAAGUGGAGAAUAUUUUGGAGCAGCACGUAUAUACACAGCAAUAAAGACAGUGACUCUCUCAUACAAAAACCUCCACAAUGAUCCAGCAGAGAACAGCACACCAACAGGAAACCACUGGAACCACCUCACAGUAUCAAAGUUAUUCAACUGGUUCAUUAGAAUCUAUUUAUUUGUUCCUUUUAGCAUUGCACUGAAGUGAAGUUGACAUUAAAAGUAUUAAAAGGCAAUAAUAAAGCUCAAGAUAAGAUACAUUUACAAUUCAUUUUACAGGCUUUGAUUACAUUAUAUUUUGUAAUGAUGCCAACAAAGUCACAUAUUAAAGGUUGUCUCUGCUUUGCUCUCUCCUCUGUGCAGAUAAAGUCAAAAAGAUAUAUUGAGUAAUUUCAAAGUCAUGGGUGAUGAAGUUCACUGCAUUGCAACUUGAACUU